AUGGAUCAUGAGCCCGAGAUUAAUCCAUUGCUCGAAAGCACAUAUUCUUCAUCAGAUAACACACUAUUCGACACAGCAAACUUUGAAUGCAACAUAUGUUUCGAGUUAGCCCAAGAGCCAAUCGUGACCCUUUGUGGCCACCUGUACUGUUGGCCUUGCCUCUACCAAUGGCUUCGGCUCCAUUCACACUCGCACGAAUGUCCCGUUUGUAAGUCCAUUGUGCAGGAAGAUAAGCUAGUUCCUAUUUUUGGCCGGGGAAAAUCGAACCAGGAAUUUAGGUCAAGAUCUUACACGGGAAUCACUAUUCCUAAUCGGCCAAUGGGACAGAGGCCGCAAACCGCGCCUCGUGUGGAUAUGAGUAGUUUUGUUCGGCCGGACGAUGUGGACCCCAUCACAGGGUUUAUGCCGAUGGCUGCCGCGCGUUCUUGCAAUUGUAGAAAUGGCGGCAUGCUCACACUCACUCUCUCAUUCAGCAGCAACAAGACCGUAUUUUCUAAGCUCAAAACCUCCGAAAACCAGAGCAGAAAAAAGGGCAAGAAGGCCAUCUUGCAAGUGCCCACGACGACGAAAAUCGAGGCGCCGGAGCCCGGCGGAACCCCGGUGGAUGCGGGCGGCGGAAGUGGCGGAGGUACCGUGAAUCCGCCUCCGUCUGCGGCGGAGGGAUGGGGCAAGAAACUGGGUUCCUUGGGUUUAAAGGGUUUUCCCAGAAAAGUGUUGUCCGUCCUUUCCAAUUUGCCCCUGGCUAUUGCCGAGAUGUUUGCAGUGGCUGCACUUAUGGCUUUAGGAACUUUUGUUGAACAAGGUGAGGCACCAGAUUUCUACUUUCAGAAGUACCCUGAAGAUAAUCCGGCCUUCGGAUUCUUCACGUGGAGAUGGAUUUUCGCGCUUGGACUCGAUCAUAUGUUCUCAUCUCCGACAUUCUUGAUAACUUUAUCUCUAUUAGGAGCCUCGCUCAUGGCUUGCACAUACACGACACAAAUUCCCUUAGUGAAGGUAGCAAAAAGGUGGUCCUUCCUACAUUCAGCUGAGACAAUUCGUAAGCAGGAAUAUUCGGAUGAUUUACCAAGAGCUUCUAUUCAAGAUUUGGGUGUUAUUCUGAUGGGCUCUGGUUAUAAAGUAUUCCUAAAGGGGCCAACUUUAUAUGCCUUCAAGGGGCUAGCUGGUCGGUUUGCACCCAUUGGAGUACACUUAGCUUUGCUGCUAAUAAUGUGCGGUGGGACCCUCAGUGCCACCGGAAGCUUCCGAGGCUCUGUUACGGUCCCUCAGGGCUUGAACUUUGUUAUAGGCGAUGUUUUAGGCCCCACUGGAUUUUUAUCCACACCUUCCGAAUCUUUCAACACAGAAGUUCACGUUUCUCAGUUUCACAGUGAUCUUUCACUUUUUGACAUAAACGGGAAGGAGGUAAUGAGGAAGACAAUAAGCGUGAAUGACCCUUUGAGGUAUGGUGGAGUUACCAUAUACCAAACGGACUGGAGUUUAUCGGCAUUGCAGAUAAUGAAGGAUGAUGAAGGCCCGUUUAAUUUGGCUCUGGCGCCAUUGAAAAUCAAUGGGGAUAAGAAGCUUUAUGGGACAUUUUUGCCCAUUGGAGAUAAUUCUGAGUCGACUAAUCUUAAGGGAAUAUCAAUGCUUGCUCGUGAUAUGCAAUCGAUUGUCCUUUACGACCAAGAAGGAAAAUUUGCAGGGGUUAGACGGCCAAACUCGAAACUCCCCAUUGAUAUCGAUGGAAUAAAAAUUGAUGUACUUGAGGCAAUUGGCAGUACUGGGCUCGAGUUAAAGACCGAUCCUGGAGUGCCGAUCGUUUACACCGGUUUUGGUGCUCUUAUGCUCACCACUUGCAUCAGUUUUUUAUCUCAUACACAGCUAUGGGCUUUGCAAGACGGAACAACUGUGGUUAUCGGAGGUAAAACUAAUCGAGCCAAGGGUGAAUUUUCGGAUGAUAUGAAUAUCUUACUGGAUCAAGUUCCCGAAUUAGUCGACUCGUCUGGUUCUAGGCAAUCGGACAAUAUAAGCAGCUAAGCCUAAAGUCGCGUUUGGUAAUGGCGAAGGAGGACUAUAAUGUCAGAAAGUGUACGAAAAAUUGCAGAAAAAUUAUCAUUUUGUUUUCUGUCAGGAACCAAAAUUGUUAUCCCUUUAAAGGGAAAUCUUAGGAGGUAAGAGAAUUUUUUCCUGCAUAUAUUAUAGCAGACAAAUUUGUAUAGAGACAUGUAUUUGAUGAGAAAUGCUCUGUUUUGGGCUUUUCUAUAUUGUUAAUAGUUACAGAGGAACUCAUAUAUAUAGUCUCUCUCUCUCUCUCUCU